AAAUAGUACAGCCUUAUUAUGACUUCAAAAUUAGUUAAAGUUUUAUGGGCUGGCCGAUUAAGUUACAAUACUGGACUUAAAUUACAAAAAGUAUUAUCUAGCCAACAUCAUCAGAAUUUAACCCAGGAUACUUGUAAUACGUUAAUAUUGCUUGAACAUGAUCCAGUGUUUACUGUUGGAAUUAGGGAUAAAGGGUAUACAAUUGAAGAAGAAGAGAGGUUAAAAAAACUAGGUGCUGAAUUUUAUAGAACAAAUCGAGGUGGUCUAAUAACUUUUCAUGGUCCUGGACAAUUGGUAGCAUAUCCUAUAUUAAAUUUGAAGCAUUUUAAAUGCAGUGUUAAAUGGUAUGUUUCUCAAAUAGAAGAAAUGAUUAUUCGGUUGUGUGCAGAAUAUGGCAUUAAAGCUGGAACAUCUCCAGAUACUGGUGUGUGGGUGAAUGAUAGAAAGAUUUGUGCAAUUGGUAUUCAUGGAAGUCGUUAUAUAACGACGCAUGGUUUAGCUCUAAAUUGUAAUACAAAUUUAAGUUGGUUUGAUCACAUUGUGCCAUGUGGUAUUGAAGGAAAGGGUGUAACUAGUAUUAGUAAAGAAUUAAACAAAAAUGUAACUGUUCAAGAUGUUAUACCACUUUUUCAGAAUGUUUUCCAGACUCAAUUUGAUUGUAGAUUAAUUCAGUAUUCAACAGAAGACUCUUUGAAAUUGCUUAAAACUGUCAAUAAUGUGUUUAUGAAGAGUUAAAAGGUUUUGUGCUCAAUGUAGUUAUUUUAAUAAAUUUAUACAUAUCUAUAAAUAUUUUACUACCUAAUUAAGUUUAGAAAAUGAAACAAUUAAUCAGGUCUAGGAAAAAAGAUUUUGUCACCCCAGCUUCUUGUAUUUUAUUUAUUUAUUUUUUUUUUUUUUCA